UAAAAAGGAUGAAGAUGAGUUUGAACUGAGUGGAGAGGACGAAGUUAACGGAAUUGCGCAGCAGCAGCAGCAGCAGCCAGCAGACAGGUGGCUGUCACCAUCACCGCGCACGGACACGACAAGAAAUACGCAGAGGACAAGCUCGAGACGCUUAGUAUAAAAAAUGCAGCUGAGCGCAGAGACAGGGAAAGACAACUGAAUCCAAAGUGACUUGAAAUGACGGUCGACUCAAACCCGAGGAGACAGACAUCUUAUGUGUGCGCGCGUUUCCCUUAGACAAGGAAAGAGAGAGAGAGAGCGAGAGAGCAGUCAAGACAACGCUUCACUUCCUCGAAGUUUGACAUCUCCACCGGGCAACAGGAGGAGUUCGUCUCCGCCACUAUGGAGCCUCGGAAGUCUCUUGUAUCAGUAUUGACUGGAGUUUACCUGUGGGCGACAAUCUUCUGUCAAGGUUGUCAUGGUGGCGUGUAUCAGAGGAAGCUGUACCACGACCUGUUGGUGAACUACAACCGGCUGGAGAGACCUGUCCAAAAUGACUCAGCGCCCAUCGUGGUGGACCUCGGCCUCACACUGCUACAAAUCAUUGAUGUGGAUGAAAAGAACCAAGUGUUGAUCACAAAUGCCUGGCUGCAGCUGUAUUGGACAGAUAUUUACCUCACAUGGAACCCAGAGAGCUACCCCGGGGUUCAGAACCUUCGCUUCCCUUCCAAUCUGAUAUGGGUCCCAGAUAUACUCCUCUACAACAGUGCUGAUGAGAGGUUUGAUGCUACGUUCCAUACAAAUGUGUUGGUUAAUGCUUCAGGAUACUGCCAGUACCUCCCUCCAGGCAUUCUGAAGAGCACCUGUUACAUUGAUGUACGGUGGUUCCCAUUUGACGUGCAGAAGUGUGACCUGAAGUUUGGCUCCUGGACUCACAAUGGCUGGCUGCUGGACCUCCAGAUGAUGGAUGUGGACAUCUCUACGUACAUACCCAAUGGGGAAUGGGAUCUUGUAGGUGUGCCAGCUAAGCGUAAUGAGCUGUACUACGAGUGCUGUAAAGAACCUUACCCUGAUGUGACGUUCACAGUCACCAUGCGCCGCAGGACGCUUUACUAUGGCCUCAACCUGCUCGUCCCCUGUGUGCUCAUCUCUGGCCUGGCUCUUCUGGUCUUCCUGCUCCCUGCUGACUCUGGAGAGAAGAUAUCGCUUGGCAUCACAGUGCUGCUGUCUCUAACAGUGUUCAUGUUACUGGUAGCAGAGAUCAUGCCAGCCACUUCAGACUCUGUUCCUUUGAUUGCUCAGUACUUUGCUAGCACCAUGAUGAUUGUCGGCUUGUCUGUGGUGGUAACAGUCCUGGUCCUACAGUUUCACCACCAUGACCCCCAUGGAGGGAAAAUGCCUAGAUGGGUUCGAGUCAUCCUCCUUAACUGGUGUGCCUGGUUCCUCCGCAUGAAGAAGCCUGGAGAGGAAAGCAGAACAGCUGUGAGCUCCAGUACCCCCACAGCCUACAAAUAUUCUCACCCUCCUCCUCACCACACCAGCACCAGCAGCAUUCAGAUGAGCACCAUACAAGGCAAGGCAUCCACCCAGUCGACCACGACCAAUGGAAGCAUGAACCUGUACUUUGGUCACCACUCAAUGGGCACAGACAACCCUGCUUUCCCACCGAGCAUUGAUUCGGGUGUGUGCAGCAGUGGCGGUGGAGGAAGCGGCCAUCCUAAUGGCUCCUCCCUGCACGACAUCCACUCAGAGCAGACGCGGCAGACUUUCCUGCUCGAUCAAGUUCCAGAAAUUUCCCAGAUCCUGGAGGAAGUGCAGUACAUUGCCAGGCGCUUCCGAGAGCAGGAUGAGGGAGAGGCGAUCUGCAGUGAGUGGAAGUUUGCAGCAGCGGUGGUGGAUAGGUUAUGUCUGGUGGCCUUCUCGCUCUUCUCCAUCAUCUGUACCUUCACCAUCCUCAUGUCAGCUCCCAAUUUCAUUGAAGCUGUGUCCAAAGACUUCACAUAAAGCGGAUCACUUCUCUCUGUGAGAAGAGAGAGGAAACGCUAUCAUUAAAAAUCCUGACAUGAUAAGAACUGUGAUGCACAAACCUCCCUGCUACUACUAUGUGAAGUAACAAUAGUACUUCAAAACCAAACCUUUCCCUUCACAUAUUUGUCAGUGAUAUCUGUACAUAUAAGGGUUAAUGUGGUUUUUCCUUGUCACGGUGGUUCUCCUAGCUAGCGCUGCACAUAGUGUGUCACGUACUGUAGGUGGUUGCAGUAGUUAAUGACGUAGAAACUCACAUUAAUGCGCUUUUCAUCUGUUUCCCUGCUGCACCACAUUAUUUACCUGAGCUUAAACUCUGCAUUGCUCAGUGACAGCCCCGAAACCUGACAGAUUUAGAGGAGAUCUGUGUGGAGGAGUGGGCCAAAAUCCCUGUUGCAGUGUGUGC